GCAAGUGAACAUCGUUACAGUUCGAGACGUGUUCUCUGAGAGACAGUGUUCUCUCCAUCUCUCUCACUCUCAUAAAUUACCCACCUAUCCUUCUACUGCUUAAACUAUCAACUGAAAAUUACUGACUUCUAAAAGUUCAGAUUGCAUUCUUUCGAGCUGAACUGGUCCGAAGCAAAGAAAAUGUGUCAUUUAAAUUAAUUAAGAUUUUCUUCUAGCGGAUGUUUGUCUGUGUAGCUAAUAUGAAACUCACUACAAACUAAGAACUAUAAUCUGUUUGUUGUCAGACUUUCUAAAGUUACAAACGAAAUUCUUUAAACUUAUAUUAUUAUCGUUUAAAAUUGUAGAUAAAUUUGGUGUUUUUAAGCGAAAGCUGCACAAAGUUUGUGAACACUUGUUACAGUUCUAGUAACUAAAAGAAAUGGAUAGUGGAAUAUAUUGACGUAAUUGGAGCGAAUUUUUUAAGAUGAUAAUGAGUGUGUGAGAUGUACUGUGUCAGGGUGAUGCAAGUUAUGAUGAAGUGUCUAGCAUAAGAGUCAACAUGAGAAGACGUCGAAAUAACCUCAGCAUCAUUCGAAUUUGCAGUCUCCUCGUGUUCGUUGGGGCACUCUGUGGGAACCCCACAGGUGUGGGUGGUUUGCGCGACGUGAAUAUGACCGUGCCCGUAGCGGUGAGUCCCGGUGACACGGUGACACUGCACUGCUCUUACGAUCUGGAAGGCGAUCCACUCUACACUGUCAAAUGGUACAAGGGAAGGCAAGAAUUUUUUCGCUACGUCCCUAAGGAGUUGCCUCAUACCCGGGUAUUCCCCCUACCGGGUGUCAACGUAGAUGUGAGCAAGUCUGGGGCGAAUCAAGUGGUCCUGCUUGACGUACAGCUGGAACUUGCGGGCAAGUACCGCUGCGAGGUGUCUGCAGAUGCUCCCACCUUCCACACCGAAGUAGUCGUCAGUCACAUGCACGUCGCUUAUCUACCUGAAGGAGAUCCUAAACUGCAGGUAGAGAAGCGCCGCUACGCUGUAGGGGACACCCUGCGUGGCAACUGCUCCUCACCAGCGUCCAGUCCACCAACAAACCUCACCUGGAUCAUCAACGGAAAGAGGAUGAACGCGAGUUUCUCGAAGCAGGAUGCGGUCAGGAGCGACGACCCGCAGUCGCGGAAAGUGACGACAAUCGGACUGGAGCUUGAUAUGGACAGCAGUAUCUUCCAGACGGGCAAACUGAGGGUUCAGUGUGUAGCUACCAUGUUCCAGCUGUACCGCCAGGAGGCAGAGACCAUUUUGGAAGAGGAGCGACCCCGGCUUGCUUCUGUGCUCGGUACACGUGAGUCUUCUCUGGGAUCAGCGACGAGGUGGAGAGGUGCAUGGUGGCUUCUGUCUGCUCUGGCGCUUCUGUCGUUCCUCACCAGGUAGCAGGACUUUCGAAUUGGCUCUGCGCCCCUCUGUUGCUGAAUGCUCUGUCUGAAAUCGUUCAAGGUUAGCUCAUUCAGAAGAUACACACUACUGCAUAAAGUUGAUCGGUUUGUCGUCAAAAUAACUUCAAGUUUGAUAAUGAGAAGUACUUCCAAUUUGUUCGUUAGUACGGCGACUAAGUGAAAAGAGGUGAGAUUUAAAAGCUUUCACUCAUGGGCACCGUAAGCUACCUGAAAUAGAUAUUGUUUUUUUAGAUAACCUGUUUGUUGAAAAGUUCCAGACGCUGAAAUGUAGUCCAUUAUAACUAUAUGUAUAAGACCAGGCAUUCGUACUAUUAUUUAUUUAUUUAUUUAAUGUAUAUUUAAUUACUCUGCUAGCAGCUUAGACUAUAUAGCUUCGAAUGGAAGGCUUUUUAGAAAAUGGUGAAGUGCAAAAGCGGUCGUGUACUAUUUCUGGAUACUGCCUCGGCAUUUGCCUCGAGUGACCUAGGGUAAAGACGUAAGACCUCACUGAGGAGAAUGCGUGUCCCAGCCCAGACACUCGGGAGUAGAAGUCAGAAACGUUUCCACUAGAGCCAAUUUGUUUGGUGUAAAUUUGUUCAAAUGUUCGGUGUCUGUUCCUUGUAUUUCAUUACUGGAUGAAUAAUUUGCUCAAUAAUUAAAACAGUCCUUAAUAUAGAUCAACUCUUAAGUUGAAAAUUGGUACUGUCUUGGGAAGGUUACCUUAAAUUUCACUAAGAGUGAAUUGCAAAUUUAGCUUUGUUAAUUUUCUUUUUACUUUCAAUAAGCAACCAUUUAAUAUAAUUGUCAUACCGUUAAUAGAAAGAUUCAUAUAAUUAGAAUAAAUAUGUGAUCUAUUUUACUACCUUAUUUAAAUAUCAGUUCUCAAAUUAGGAAGUAUACUAGAAUGAACAUUGUUCCAACCUACCAGUCUGGCACAUUACUUUCGUCUGAGCUUUUAGUGUUUAGAAAUGAGAGACCGUCUGUUUAAGUACGCAAAAUGAUCGACAAGGAUCAAAAAGCUCUUUAGUACUGCAGUUUAUGGUGCCCAGUAAUACUUGUGACUUGCUUCUUAAAUCCCAUAAUUUUCACAAGUGUGAUGUGUGACACAAGAAGAAGAAGAAAAAGAAGAUAUGUGGGUUAGUGAAGCGAACAAUUUUUCGUCGUUCUUCGACAUGUAAUGAAAGGAUAGUAAAGUGGAUUGGGUCUUGACCCAAUUUUCUGAAUUGCUGUGUUAUUAACAAACAAUGACAGCUGGUUGUAAGGAAUGACAUGUUUAGUGUUUAUUACGUGUAUUGUGCGCAUGAUUAGUAAUAUUAAAAACUACUAAAGGGGAGGUGGAGCUGAAAACGUCAAAACAUUUUGACUAUUUUCUCUGUCACAAAUCAUAUACUAUUAGGCGUAAGUGCAGCUCCCUUACAGAAUAUCCCAAAAUCAUAUAAAAUUCAGUCUGGAGUUUAGAAUUCUAACGAAAACAAAGAACAGCUACAUGGAAAAUCACAAGUAAUUUAUAAGUAAGGAUGCGUAUGGGUCUUAAUUUUCAAGUUAAUAUUAAUGCUGCAAUUUAUUGACGGAACUUCUGCUUCACGUUAUCUCUGUUGAGAUGCAGAAAACAAUUUCGCAGAUAGAGUAACUGCGGGAAGGGUGUCUGUGUUGCGCAUAGCAUGAGCCAUUAUUUGGGUGUCACGCGUGUGAGUCGGCAUUUGCAUGAUAACAACAGGUAACAGAGCUUCGAUCGCGACACGCAUGCCGCUAAAUUAAGUUUCCGUUAUUCACAUCAUGUUCCCACCACGCUAGUCUUUUUGUUUGCAUUUUACUUUCAUUGUCUGUGUACUUUUGUUGAUGGCUUGCGAUCUGUGUUCAGCACCAACUACCAAGUGUGUAGUCCAUGGGUUUGAUUUAUAAGCGUGAGCAGGGACAGCACUGAAUUUAACGCUACUAAGACUGAUAGAAGAGGAGGUGAAAAGGGUUCUAACAUUCGAAUUCCCAGGAGGACACUAAGAAUUUUAUUCAGUUGUUAGUUUGUUUGGAACAGCAGUAUUAUUCAGCUGCAACAAUACUUCGCGUUUAUGGACGUUCACAAGAUGUAGAUUUUGCAGUUGUAUUGACACAUGAAGAGAUCUUCACACUUGCUUACACUAUGGGGUGUGACAAUUGUUCUGAAGAAUGUAAACUUCAGCAGUUCAUUCCCCGUUACUUUUACUGAACGUGAUUCCCAAAGUUUCCAAAAAUUGAUCACAAAUUAGGAAAGAACGGCAUAAAGUCUGCAGAUUGCACGAGAAAAUAGUUACAGACUCUUAAUUCUUAAUGGCUGAAUUAAAGAUUUUCACUGUCUUUGUAUUUUUCUUAUGGUCGUAUUUGGUCUAUUUGGGGGAGAUACUCCCUAAAGAUUUGUUUGUAUGCCGUAAACACUCGUACAGAAUACUAAGUAAUUAAACUGUUAAAUUGUUUAAGACCACUUGGAUAACCAUGGAUCGAGAGCCAAGCAACAGGAGCCGGGAUGAUUAGCAAUCUUUACGGUAGACAGAUUUUGAAGAAGUACGAGUAGCUCGUUAAGACUACACUUUUGUGAAUAGCCGAUACUGAUGUGCAAAACAGCUACUUUUCAAUGAUAUUGCAAGUCAUGACAAAUGUUUGCUGAGGAGUACACGGGAACUAACAACAUGUAUCGUCUGGACAACAUUUGAUUUUCUGAAGGCUCUCUGCUUACGAGGAAUUUUUAAAUAUUAAUUAAUGUUGGAAGAUUACUUGUUCAGUUAUAGUUUGUGGGGAGUUGAAGAUGUGUAUUAUAUUAAUUUAUAUUAAUUUUUGUUCCAAAUUCAAUUCAUAUGCAUAUAUUUCAUAUUUCAGGAAUUUUUCGGAAAAUUGAUUCUAUCCUCUUGAAUUCUGAAAUAGCUUCAUGAUUUUACAGAAUAAUUUUAUAACUUAGGGUAAGUUUGUCCCUGUGCUUACCUAAUUAAGCACUACGCCAUGAAGGUGUAA